AUGGGACGACUCGUCUAUGUGCGGGAGGACCGCGAGGCGGAACCACGAUUCAACCCGCCCGGUGGCGGCGGCCGCGGUGGUUACGGCGGCGGAGCCAUGGGCGGCGGUGCUGGUGGUGGUCCGGCUUACGGCGGCGGUGGCGGCGGUGGCGGUUACAACGCUGGCGGGAUGGGCAGUCGACAGAUCUACGUCGCCAACCUCCCCUUUACUGUAGGUUGGCAAGAUCUGAAAGAUCUCUUCAGACAAGCAGCUCGGACUGCUGGUGUUAUUCGUGCCGACGUACACCUCGGACCCGACGGUCGACCUAAGGGCUCCGGAAUCGUCGUCUUCGAGAGCGCCGACGAUGCUCGCAACGCCAUUCAGCAGUUUAACGGAUAUGAGUGGCAAGGUCGCCUGCUCGAAGUUCGCGAAGAUAGGUUCGCCGGAUCUGGCAUGGGCGGUGGCUUCGGCGGCCGUGGUGGAUUCGGUGGAGGUCGAGGUGGAUUCGGCGGCGGCUAUGGCCGUGGCGGUUUCGGUGGUGGAAGAGGUGGCUUCGGAUACGGAGGACGAGGCGGCUACUCUGGAGGCGGCUACGACGGUGGUGCCGCCGGGGGCGGUGGUGGUGCUGCUGCCUCUGUUCCACCGAACCCAUUCACCGAUUUCGCAACGGCCGGUACGGAUAGGAGCGAGAUCAUCUAUGUCCGCAACCUUCCCUGGUCUACCAGCAAUGAAGACCUGAUCGAGUUGUUCGGCACCAUCGGCAAGGUGGAGCAGGCUGAGAUUCAAUACGAACCCAGCGGUCGAUCUCGAGGCUCUGGCGUUGUUCGAUUCGAUUCUGCCGAAACAGCGGAGACGUCUAUCGCGAAAUUCCAAGGUUACCAAUACGGAGGGCGACCCCUUGGCUUAAGCUUCGUCAAAUAUUUGACGCCCGGCGGAGGAGAUAGCAUGGAUACCGAUCCUCAUGGCGGUCUGACCCAAGAUCAGAUCAUGUAG